AUUACAUGCACUAAUUAUGUUCCAUUCAACCAUUUCUGUACAGGGUACCAAGGUUCUUGCUCUCGCAAAUAGUGGUGACAUUGAACAAAUUGAUAAGAUACUCGCCCUCAAAAACACGUACUACAUAAGCAAUGCUGCUGCCAUGCCUAACCAAGUAUAGUGGUGAUCCCCCAUCCGCAAACUAUAAUUACAUUUAGAUGUUGAGUAAAAAGAUUUGGAUUGAGGCAGCCCCAAAAUCAGAACAAAUUCGGGCAACAAAUGAGACAGACACUAUCCUCACACAAUUCUUUGACUUCUAUGACUUAUGCGGUUCUAAAACCCCAAUCAAUUUCAUGGCCAUUGUGAUUCAGAGAAUGCCGAGAGAGUAUGUCUCUGUUCUUGGACAUGCAAAAACCGGACAUGAUUUCAUGCUUGUGAAUGAAGAAAUGAAACCAUUUGUGUUGACUCUUUGGGAAGAUUUCGCAAUGAAUCAAGGCUGGGAUAUAACAUCCCUUUUAGAGAGUGGGCGACACCCAAUAAUUUUGGGUAAAAGGGUGACCGUUACUCCCUUCAAUGGGCUCAUGCCGAGUCUUGUUUGUUGGCUGGAGCUUGGCGGUGCUUUCAACAAAAUGGAAAUUUCAACGCCUCCACCGAUCAACAAAAUGGAAAUUUCACCAUGUACCGGUAUUGGUUUUCCUCUUUUUGUCGGAUAACUCCCAAAAA